AUGACAGAAUUCACCCAUUUGCUCGCUACCAACUACAAGAAGCUCAUUGCACAGUAUCUCGAAGAAGACGUCCCCUCCUUUGAUUAUGGUGGCUAUGUCGUGGGCGAAGACGAGAAGGUCGCUAUUCUAUACUGCAAAGCAGAAGGCGUUUUGGCUGGUGUACCUCUCUUUAAUGAAGUCUUUAAACAACUUGGAUGCCGUGUGGAAUGGUUUGUCAAGGAAGGUGAAUGGCUCAAACCCCAAGGCAAACAAGAAAUCGCUCGUGUCUAUGGUACAGCCCGUCACAUUUUGCUUGGUGAACGUACUGCAUUAAACAUCAUUUGUCGUUGCAGUGGUAUUGCUUUAAGAUCACGCAAAGUAUAUGAACUUCAAAAGGAAAAAGGUUUCAAGGGUAUCAUUGCUGCUACUCGUAAAACAACACCUGGUUUCCGACUUGUGGAGAAGUAUGGUGUGCUUGUCGGUGGUCUAGACACUCAUCGUAUGGAUUUGUCUUCCAUGAUCAUGCUCAAGGAUAAUCAUAUUUGGAGUGCAGGAUCGAUCACCAAGGCUGUUCAAGCUGCUCGUAGAGCAGGUGGUUUUGCUCUUAAGAUCGAGGUCGAGUGUCAAUCCGAGGAGGAAGCGGAUGAAGCUAUCGCUGCUGGUGCAGACAUUGUUAUGCUUGAUAACUUUACGGGUGAAGGAUUGAAAAUCGCAGCAAAGAGCAUCAAGGAGCGCUGGGCUGCCAAGGGUGUGCGUCACUUUUUGAUCGAAAGCAGUGGUGGUAUCACUUAUGAAACAUGUGCCAACUAUUUCUGUGAUGAUAUCGACGUUCUCAGCAUGAGCACAGUUACUCAAGGUGUUCCUCACGUUGACUUUUCUCUCAAGAUCAGCCAUUAA